CCAAUGAUAGAGAGUGACAUUCCUCCCAAAACGUCAGGAAUGAUCAGAAGCUCGGGGCUCAGUCACCACCGCUCUCCGCAGGAAUACAGGCUCCUGCCUCCCAUGGGUGAUGAUGGCCUCCCUGGAGACCUUCAGUCGCUGUCCUGGCUCACAGCCGUGGACGUGCCUCGACUGCAGCAGAUGGCAAGCGGACGGAUAGACCUGGGCGGCCCCGGUGCGCCACAUCCACACCCAGGUGCCUUGGCUGGGGUGGCAGACCUGAAUGUGGGUGCAACCCCACGUCCCCAGCUCCGUGGCCAAGCUGUCAUGGCCCCCAGAGGCAUGCUGGGUUUGGGCCCCAUAGGCGGUCACAGAACUAGCGCUGAGCAGAUGAACCAGUUCCCCAUAGGAGGCCGGUCAUCAUCGGGCCUACAGGAAGUGCCACAGCUGUAUUCUCCUGCCACCCAACUCCAGUUCCCUCUGCCCCUGGGGUCCCAGCAGUGCCCGCCUGCAGGCCUCUACAGCUCUCCGUUUGCGGCACGAUCUUCCUACCCACAAGCCCACAUGGCAGUACAUUCAUCUCAGGAGCCUCACCCCAAACACUACCCCAAACCUAUCUACUCCUACAGCUGUCUGAUUGCCAUGGCCCUGAAGAGCAGCAAGACCGGCAGCCUGCCGGUGAGCGAGAUCUACAGCUUCAUGAAGGAGCACUUUCCCUACUUCAAGACGGCACCUGAUGGCUGGAAGAAUUCAGUCAGGCACAACCUGUCACUGAACAAAUGCUUCGAGAAGGUAGAAACCAAAUCCAGUGGCUCGUCACGCAAGGGCUGCCUGUGGGCCCUGAACCUGGCACGUAUCGACAAGAUGGAGGAGGAGAUGCACAAGUGGAAGAGGAAGGACCUUGCGGCCAUCCACCGCAGCAUGGCCAACCCGGAGGAGUUGGACAAGCUUAUCUCAGACCGGCCGGAAGGCUGCCGGCGUCCUGGCAAACCCGGGGAACCUGAGGCCCCCGUGCUGAGCUGCCUGACCAUCUCCCAGCUCCCACCGAAGCCACUGAUGACCCUGUCCCUGCAGUCAGUCCCCCUGCACCACCAGCUCCAGUCGCAGACACACCUGGCCCCAGACUCGCCGGCACCAGCCCAGUCCCCCCCUCUUCACGCCCUGCCCAGCCUCAGCCCAGGGCCUGUCCCCCCGCCAGCCAUGGGUAGGCCUCCUGGAGACUUCCUCAACAUCAGCACUGACAUGAACAUGGAGGUGGACGCUCUGGACCCCAGCAUCAUGGACUUUGCUCUCCAGGGUAACCUUUGGGAAGAGGUGAAGGAAGACAGCUUUAGCCUGGAGACUCUGGGGGCCUUCGGAGACUCCCCACUUGGCUGUGACCUGGGGGCCCCAAGCCUGACCCCUGUCUCUGGCAGCGGCGACCAGGCCUUCUCCGAUGUGCAGGUGACUGGUCUCUAUGCUGCAUACUCCACCCCAGACAGUGUGGCGCCGGCGGUGGCUACCUCUGCUCAGUACCUGGGCACUCCAGGAAAUAAACCCAUAGCUCUGCUGUGAACGGCCGGCCUGGAGAAAGGCACCAUGGCCUCAACAGUGUCUCCAGCUGCUGGUUGACAAGGAAGUGACAGUGCUUAGUUCCUCCUGCUCCCCCCAUGCUACCAUGGGACACUUCUGGGGCACCCAAGUCAGAAGAUGGGGGAGUGGCAAGCACCCCACCUCCCCUCCUCCUGGAGGUCCUGAGACAGGGCCUGCAUGGCCUUGUUGAAGUCUGGCUCUCUUUAGCCGAGUGCUGGCAGGCUCUGGGUGGUCAACUGCUCACCUUGGGACACAGUGGUGUAUCACAGAGACUCGGGAGGGAACUCUCUGAUCACACAUGUUCUCCCAGGAAAGGAACCUCUGCCAGUGCCUCAGAGCAUGGCCCAAGGCUGGAGAAAGGCCUGGUUAGCCUUGGACCUGCCUUGAACGUGAGACGGUUGACCUCUUCCGUGGGCUCCUGCCCACUCCUCCUGGAGUUUCCAGGACCAUACCGACCACUGGGACCAUGUGUAAAUUUAUUUAUAUUUAUUAUGACCCCAGGUGAGGUCCCUGGAAUGAGACUCUUGGCAGAUCCUCCACCACUCAGCAAUCCUAACUUCCUGGUGACCACGAAUCACAUUUUCAGCCUGCUCAGGCAGACCCUGGCAGGCUCCCGCAGCCCUGCAAUUCAGGCAGACCCCGGCAGGCUCCUGCAGCCCGGCGAUUCAGAGAAUGAACAAGCACUUUUGCUUCUGGGAAGCACUGGGCCUUUUUCCUGCUAGGCCAGAUCUUUUUCUCAGCGUUCAGUCGUGGCUCACAUCUACUCCUGGGGACACUGAGUUUGGAGAGGAUCUCUCUAAGGCCUGAGGGGCUGAGGAGGAAAAGGCAGAGACCUGUCUGUGCCAAGUGUGGGACACUGGUGACGGGAAGACAUGAACCGCCAGCCUGUGCAGCAGUACCGCGUGGGAUAUUAUUGGUGCUGGCUGCCUUUUCUUGCCUGUGUCUGUUCUUGCAUUGUUCUCUUGUUCCAUGAUUGGUUUUUACAAGUGA